UUCAACUACUAAACCCGGAAGAGAACAUUCGCUCGUGUUUGAUAAUUUACCUUAUCCACGGCUUCUCUUUCGUUUGUUUUGUACAUUUUUAUCCUGUUUUUUUCAGAAUUGUACUCUCGUCAUGAAAAGACGAGAGACACGUCUUACAAGGAGAAAGACUACAGACACGAGUGGACAUUUAUUGAUGUGGUUAUUAUCAUACGAAGCGGGGAUUCGUCUUCAGCGGCAGUUUAGCUCAAACGUUAGCCCGGGAAAAGACUGGCCGUUAGCUCCGUUUGUGAACAACUCCAACCGGGACAGCCAAAGUUAACCGCCUAUGUGUGUGGAUAGCCGCUUAAUGUUUGGAGCCCAAAAACUGGGGCUAAGGUCUGCUGCGUGCCGAUGCUGCUCUGACCGACCGCCGCGGAGAUGAUGGCGUCGCCGGGCGGUCCGUCUCCGCCGGGCUUCAGGCAGCUCUCGGUCUUACUGGUGGACUGUCUGAAGGAACCAGCAGACCCGGGACCAGCUCGGAGGCCGCAACAGGACGGCGACUUCUCAGCCGUCGUCCGCCAGACCGACUGCGCGAGAACUCCCGGACCCAACGGGUGGAUCGUUCAUCCGGCAGCCGAGCAGAGCUACGCCAGCGUCGAGGUCGAGUUGGAGGCGGAGGACGAGCGGCCGCAGGAGGAUGAGCAGCCGGAGGCCGGCAUCUCCUCUGGGAAUCCGCUAGAGCCGGCGGACGCGAUAAAACAGGAGCCGCACUGGCGCGACACCGACACAGACGCCGCGGCGGAGCUCCAGCCGUGCAAAGAAGAAGCCGUCGACGGCCGCGACAACGAAAACCCCGACUGGAAGGUAAGCUCGGCGCCUCCGGGGGACGGGGCCGCGCCGUUCCCGCGGGACCACGAGCUGUCCGAGGCGCUCAAAACGGAGGCCGAGCCUGACGCGGAGGCGCCGAGCCAGGAGGAGGACGCAAAACCGCCCAACGGCUCUUGGGACAACGUCGCCGCACCGGAGCAACGAGACGCUGAAGAAGAAGAAGAAGAAGAAGCCUCGGAGCCGGGAGCGCCAGGUAAUUUCUAUAGAGUUUUAAUUUUCUUCAAUAGAAAAUGCACCUCGAUACGUCUCGUGAAUAAGAACAUGAGAGAGAGAGAGAGAGAGAACUUUUAACGGUGCG